GAAUCCGAGAAUCAAUCACACCAAAAACCGAUAGAAAUGCCGCUCAACCCUGAAAAGCUGCGGAGAUACCUAGCACCAAAUCCCUAAAAUCAUUUUCUUUGAAGAGAAAAGAACAACUUUUUUUGUGCCAGGAAAAGUAACUUCUGUACAAGCUGACUCAUCAAUGGCUACCGCCACUUCCAUCGUACGGUCUCCAGCGGCCCUACUCCCUGCCAAAGUCACUGUCUCCGAUCACAAACCAACCCCAACCGUUCAAUUCUCCCGAUUCCCUUCAAAACGUAGUUGUUUCACUGCUCUUUUGUCUUCCCUCCACGACAACAACAACGACGACGACAACAACAACAACAACGUCAUCUCGCAUCCCAAGCCUCUUUCUUCAUCCCAGCUCUUCAAUUCCGUAUCUAAUGGCUCUCGCCUUCGCGUUGCAUAUCAGGGAGUUCGUGGUGCCUACAGUGAAGCUGCUGCCGAGAAGGCCUAUCCCAAUUGUGAAGCUGUUCCUUGUGACCAAUUUGAUUCUGCUUUUCAAGCUGUUGAAAAGUGGUUAGUGGAUAGAGCAGUAUUACCGAUUGAGAAUUCUUUAGGUGGUAGUAUACAUAGGAAUUAUGACCUCUUGCUUCGCCAUAGCUUGCAUAUUGUUGGGGAAGUUAAGCUUGCUGUUCAACAUUGCUUACUAGCCAAUCAUGGUGUUCAACUUGAGGAUUUAAGUAGGGUUCUUAGUCAUCCUCAGGCUUUAGCUCAGUGCGAGAACACGUUAACGAAGAUAGGCUUGAGUAGAGAAGCAGUUGAUGAUACUGCCCUUGCAGCAAAGCAUGUGGCUCUCCACAAACUAAAAGAUACUGGAGCUGUUGCAAGUUCUUCGGCUGCAAAGAUAUAUGGAUUGAACAUCCUUGCUCAAGAUAUUCAGGAUGAUUGUGAUAAUGUUACUCGAUUUCUAAUUCUGGCCAGGGAACCAAUUAUUCCUGGCAUCCAGAAUCCAUUCAAGACGAGUAUAGUUUUUUCGUUAGAGGAGGGUCCUGGUGUGCUUUUCAAGGCACUUGCUGUUUUUGCUCUUCGGCAGAUCAACCUGACAAAGAUUGAAAGUCGCCCAUUGAGGAACCAGCCUUUGCGAGCAGCUGAUGAUAACAAUGGUUCAAAAUACUUUGAUUACCUCUUCUAUGUGGAUUUUGAAGCAUCGAUGGCUGAAGAGAGAGCACAGAAUGCACUAAGACAUCUAAAGGAGUUUGCUACUUUCUUGCGAGUUCUGGGGAGUUAUCCAGUGGAUACUACCAUGAUGUGAACAAGUUAUUGAUCAUGUUAAAUAUUCAAUAUUUGAACAAAUGUUGAAGGUUAGAUCGAUGACAGGCUUUAAUCUCUUUGAGAUGAUUUGGUGGUGGAAUGAUGCUGAUUAUUAUCAUUUUGUAGGACUUUGUAUAUAUAUCUUGAGCCUAAAGCUUAGUACAUGUUAUUUUGUUGUUUUUGUUAUUAUCAGAUAAGCUUAGAGCUUGCUUGAAUUUGAAGAUAUUUUAACUCACAGUUGUUUGAUAAUCUUAGGCCUAGCCUUCACUUUGAGAUGACAUUUACUUUUUUCAAA